AAGUCUAAAACAUUUCCCUUUCUCUCUCUCUCUCUCUCUUUUUUUUUUUUAAUUCAAUAGUUAACAAACUUCAUAUAGCCAAAUACUUUUUCUUCAGCACUUCCAAGGGUUAGAUUCUUUAACCUGUUCCUGUGUCCACUUUUUUCUAGACUUUCCUCUUAUUCAGCAUCUUCUGCAAGUGCUGAUAGUCUACUAUCAAGUAUUCUUAGAUGUUCCAGUAUCUCCAGCAUGGUUCAUCCCCAUAGUUAUUAUUCCAAGACCAUUAUUCUGGACACCGCUACUAAAUAACUUUUUACGCGGGUAGGUUACCAGUGCAGUCUGAACCUCUGUCCCGAGGAGGGGGACGUUAUUUCAGACUUCUUGUCCUCAAAGAUUGACUGCCUUCUACAAGGUCUCUUUCCUUGUGUAGAGUUCUUCUUUUGGACAAAUACACUAUAUGUCGAAUUUUCUAAAUUUUAUCAAUUAAUUAAAAAAAAAGAAAUUCACAAUGAAUGUAAUGAAAUAUGCAACUUUCAUUUAUAGACCAAAUUAUAUUAUUUCAUGAUGUUAAAAAAAACGCCAAUCAUCAAAACCUUCUUUGGGGCUCUUUUUCUCUCCUGCUGCCCAUUGCGUUCAUAAGCAAGACACAACCUCCUGGGUUAAACAAAUGCUGCCUGCAUAUGAUCCAAAAUAAAAAUUAAAUGUACAGAAAAAUGUCCACUUUCAUGUCACGUUUCCCUUCAACAAGGUUGCUGUAAGAUAGAUCAAUCAUUAGCAUGACCAUAGGUUGCCAAAUCCUCAUCUGGCAAAUGUAACAGACUGUUUAAAAAAAUAAUGUUAAAUCAUGAAAAUGUAACCAUAUUGAUUUAAAACACAUGAGAUUAUUACGCAAUUGUAAUGAACUUAAAACAGAAUUUGGAUCUGUUAAAGUAUUGUCACCACUAUUUUUUCAUAAUCAGUCGAGUUGAUAAAAUGUGUAAUCUUUUGAAAAAAUCAAAAUCUGUCACGUAUAAAUAAAAAUUUUAAUAAAGCUAGCAGACAGGGAAAUGUAGCACAUUUUUAUUCAUGCCAGCUGACAAAGAAAGUUGCUUACAGUGCAUCAUUAUACUGCUGACUGACUGCUGGUGAUCAUUGACUGCUGGUCAAUUUGUUCAUUUCAAAAGUCAUUUAUGACCAUACUAUAAUUCAUUUUGUUCUUAAAAUUAAUUUUUUUUCAUAAGAAAAUUGCUAAAAUGUAUGUUUUUCAGGUUGAAGUUUACAUUGCUACAAUUCUGAAAUGUUACAAAUGCAACAAAAAUUAAUUAUUAUUUAAAUAAUUCGUCAUAUAUUUAGGAUUUGGAUUUGAAACCCUAUGUACAAAUAUUGGCAAAAUGUAACCAAAUGUUACAACUGUAGUUGUUUUAGCAGACCUGCCUAGGUACCAAUUGAACAGUCAAAGACUCAAGCUGCAGAAAUAUUACCCUUCCUUAAAGGUCCAAAAUACAUGGUCAAGCAGACGAAUAUCUUACACAGAAAUGUAAAGCAUGAUGUAGUUUAUGCCAGUUAAUUUACAUUUCAUUUCCAAUCAAGUGCAGGCAACCACUAGCCUCCCAUUGCCAGUAAAGUUUCCUAAAUUAAUUCAACUUCCUCGGAAGAGGAAGGUGGUGCCCAGAACAACAGGGCUUGAGAGUAUACCAUUAUAUAUUGAGUAUUAUUUUUAAGAAAAAAAUGAAAUUGAUAUGGAGUGAUGUACAUAUUCACUGACAAAACCCAAACCAAGCUACUGGUCCUAUUCAGUUGAUCAAUUUUUUUUUGGACAGUUUACAACAAGUACUGUUCCGAUAUAUUGGAACAUAACAAAAUUGUCAGUAAUGGCCCAUGGCCAUUGUAUAAGUUUGUGACCUAUGUAAUGUGUUACUUCUAAUAGGUUUAAUUAUAUAAAUAUGAAUUUUAAGGAACUGUAAGCAACAAAUUAAACAAUAACAGAAUGGUUCACACUACACACAGUGCACUAUCAAUCAAUAUAAUAAUGCUCCAAUACUAACAGCUACAAACACAAGAGCAUAUCACUUCAUCCUCUGAAUGACCAAACACAACCUUUGAAGAUAAUACGAACUAUGUACUCCCUACAAAAUAGCUCCCUAGAAAAGCUUGAAUAAAGAUAGAAAGUCAAUUUCAAGAGGAACAGUACUAUUCAAUCAGUACUCAGCACCUUUCAAUAGUAAAACUGACACACUUGCUGAAAUUCAUUUUCAGUUUUUGUAACUACACACACACACACUGUAGGAAUGUAAAUCUGGUACGCUUCAGAAAUGCACAACUAAAAUUAACAGAACAUUGAAAAAAUAGGAUAAACUCUAAUUUGGAAAACUUAACUGUCCUUAUCACUUUUUUCUACAGAUUCACUUGACACAGAUUUAGUAACAGGGGGACCAUUUUUCAAACCUGGUGGGCUUGAUGACUUUUUGUUAGUCUCAUUAGGUAGAUCUUCUGAAGGUGGAUGAUAAAUUGCUAGAGACUUCAAACCAAGUAUUUCAGGAUGCUCCUUCCAAAACGAGUCUCCAAUCAUAUCGGUAAAGAAAGGUAAUAUAAUUGGCCGCAAUUUUCCUUCUGGUGGCUGUUUGCACAGUUUUCGGAUGAGAAUGGUCCCUUUACGAUAUACAGCUGGUUCAUUGUUGUAAUUCAAACCGAAUUCUGAGAAUAAUAGUUCAUUUUUGUCCGAAGCAACAGUACCUUUCAACCUUUCUUCUGCCUGAGCAUUUGUGAAGCCUUUCUUCAACACCAAAGACCAAAACGCAGUAUUGUACAAAUUGUUUAUAUGAACAUCCGCUUGCCUCCAACUUAAAUAAUCACGCAAGUUCUUAUCAGUUGGAUACAGAACUACCCUAGCAUCAAAGCAAGGUGGGUAUUGUAAACGAAUUGGACCGAAAUAUGAAUUCCAAUUAAACACAAAUGAAGAUGCAAAUAAGCUAUUGACAGUGCUCAUUAGCUUGGAUGCGCGUCUGUUGAACAGAUUGGUGUCUUUUCUGAACACAAAUGUGAAUUCAUCACUCUGACCAUAACCUAGACAAAUAUCUCGAAAUUCAUCCAUCACACAAGUUGCAGCACGAGACAUCAAAUUCAGUCCUCUUAUAUCAUUUGGUUUAACAUAACCAUGAAUGUCAGCAAAUCUUUGGAAAGACCUUCCAUCAAUUCUUAUAACAAUCCAACAAUUAGGAAGGCAUGUAUCAUCAAGUUCAAAAUUUUUCACGUAUUCAUAUUUACUUUUUGCCAUGUUUGGUGACUGAGAGAAAAAACGAUAUUUCCCCGAAGCAUGCAAUAUGCGAAACAGUUCUCUACAAAUCAGUAACGAUCGUCCGUUUACAAUCAUUCAGAGCACAAAAAAUGUUAAAAUAUUAACACUGAUGUAAAUGUAACAAUAAUAACUGAAGCUGCUUUAAUAAUUAUGUUUCACUUUUCGAGUUAACAGUGCAACACGAAUUCAAUGCUUACACACCUGUUCAACAAACAAAACACUUUCGUACACCAAGGCCCGCACGGCCCGCACGCACGCUCUGCGCACGCCAGCGCACGUUUUUACUCAGCUGACGCUUUGGCUCUUAUACACCUGCCCAACGAGUACGACGAAGACUUCUGCGACUGCCUAUCAGAGACUUUGCCCCAGCUACGAUCGUAAAAAACAGUGUUUUUUUAUAUCCAGUGAAUAUUUGCUGAUCACUAAAUCCAUCCACAGCCCUCACACCUGCCACACACUUCGAAUUUGAAGCAGAAUGGUCUACGAAUAAGUUUCCUCCAAAAUGUACUGGUGCCAUUCACUUCUGGGUACCUUUCAUCAAGAUAUUUUUCCUCCUCGGUUUAUUUAUUUUAUUUCGUUUUUCUUUUAUCUUCCUCCUUACACGUUGCAAAGUGAAUUGAAAGUGAGUGGAACUCUCUUGAUGGAAGAAACUACAUUGAAGCAUGGUGCAUUCUACCAUAUAAAGAACAUUUUUCUUCAACUCAUGAACUUGAAUGGUGUGAUCACCAACAAUUAACUUUUUAUUUAACGACUACACUCCUGGAAUGUAGCCGGUCUGUGGUGGCUCGUGCUUAGGUUGCACAUUUGCACAGCCUCCAGAUAAUCGUAAAGUACCCUUCAUUGCUAUAUCUUUUCGAAUGAGGGAGUUUUUGCACGGCUGCGGCUUAGCGUGCAGCAAUCGACAGCACAUGAUCAAUCUCGAUCUUUUGCACAUGCGCAGCUUUACAGCAAUCGACAGCACUACUGAUAUUUUAGGCAUGCGCAGUUUAAGUUGGGCACCACUAGUGCAUCUCCGCAUGCGCAGAAGAUCGUCAGUACUAUACGCUAUGGCGUGCACAAACCAAGACCAACUACAUAUCGAGAAAUUGUAUAUAGUUGGUCUUGUAUAUAGUACAUGGAUAUCAUAUAUAGCAACGAGUUAGAGAUGUAUCUCUAACUCGUUCAUACGUAUACUCCCUUGCCCUCUCUGCCUCACAAUUACAGAACCAUACAGAACUUCACAGAACAUUCACCAUUGUGCGUAGAGAAAUUGGUGAACGUUCUGUGACUAUGUGUGUUGUUGCGUUGCGCACGGUGCAUGUCAGCUCCAAAGUUCGAUGUUCCGAGCAAUUUUUUGUUUCUCCAUGUAUCUUUUUAAUUUGAUUGUAAUCGAUUUAAUUAGUUGGGUUAUGGUUAUGAAAGGCGUGAGGGAAAUGUGAAUUGUGAAUAUGAAAUAGUGGGAAGCCGGGAACAUAGACAAACUGUGUGGGUGCUCUGUGGUGGGAAUUUGGCUGAGUUGAAGUGUGUUUUCGUCUGGUGUUUCGGAUGCAAAUUUUGUUUGCAUCCGAGUUGUGACUUGAUAUCCUUGUAAGGGAUCGACGGAGGCAGAUCAGAAAAACAAUUGUCUUUGGGUUUUCUCCAAUUUGGAUGAAAAAAGUCUAACAAUAAAAUGUGCACUGCAACUGAUAAUGAUUAUGAAGAAUCAGUGCAGUGUAUGGAAGAGAAACCCUCUCAUAACUUAGUUGGAGCUCUAUGUAAAAAGUGUGGGAACAAUAAAGCAGAGGUUGUUCUGCGAGUUAAAGACACUUAUUGCAGACAAUGUUUCAUUGAUUCAUUCACUCAUAAGUUUAGAGCAACACUUGGAAAGUCAAAAAUGUUGAAACCAAAUGAUAAAAUCAUUUUAGCGAUAUCUGGCAGUCCAUCAUCACUUGCAAUGCUUCAAUUAGUGAAAGAUGGUAUCGAGAUUACAACUCCAAAAAGGCUUCAGUGUAUUCCGUGCAUUGUAUACGUUGAUGAAGGGGCAGUUUUGGGACAUACUUAUGAACAACGUCAAGAAAUAUGCAUUUCUAUGGCAAAAUUAACCAAAAAGUAUGGCAUACCUGGCUUUAUUACAAGUUUAGACAGAUGUUUAGACAUCAGUUCUUCUCAUUCUAAGUUAUGUGAAGAACUUCAUGAAAGCAUGGUGUGGCAUGUAAAUGAGGAAAGGGAGUUAAGGUUACAAUCCUUAUUUGCUCAACUGAAAAGUUUGUCCUCUAAAGAAGAUUUACUGCUGAAAUUGAGGCAUAAGCUGUUAUUUUCUGUUGCCGAAGAACUUGACUGCUCAAAAAUCUUUGUAGGGGACUGUGCUACAGACCUGGCUGUUUCAAUAAUGGCAAAUUUGUCACUGGGAAGGGGUGCUCAGUUGCCAUAUGAAGUUGGUUUUUGUGACUUCCGACAUGGUAAAACAAAGCUACUUCGUCCAAUGAGAGAUUUUAUGAAAAAAGAAAUAGCAUUUUAUAUGGUUUUUAAGAACAUUGGAUCUGUCUCUUAUCCAAAACUUAGUUCAAAGGUUGACCCAUUUUCAAGUAUUCAAAGAUUGACUGAGAAGUUUAUUACAGAACUCCAGAAAGACUUUCCUUCCACAGUGUCAACAAUUUUCCGUACUGGUGAUAAACUCACUUCUGAAGGGACCAGAAAUGUAGAAUGUAAAACCUGUUUACUCUGUGAAACACCAUUGGAUACUUUGAAACAAGAUUCUUCUUCAAUGCAAGCUACUGAAUUUUCCCAGUUAAUAUCUUCCCCGAUGUUUGCUGAUGUUAAAGAUCUGUUGACACACAGUAGCUCUGAUUUACAUUCUAAUGCGAUAUCUUCAAUGGGAGAUUCUAAUUGUUGUACUAGUAAUUAUCAGUGCACUUGCAUUUCUCAGAAUCAUCUGCAGAAACUUGACUUUGAACAAAUAAAAGAGAAUCUCUGUUAUGGUUGCAGGCUAAUUGUGAAAGAAAUGGAUUCUUUGGAUUUCCUUCCUGGCGACAUUACAAGUUCUGCGAAGACAGAGAUUAUGCAGAAGCAGUUGAGGAAAGAGAUACAAGAUUUUCUUUUAUGAUGAAGACAAACCUUUAGGAUAAGGAUUUUUUAAAUUGACAUGUAGAUAGACACAUUGGAAGCAAAUUAUUAAACAUUUUUUAAUAAUAUGAUUAUUUUACUUGUUAUUACAUUAUUCCUUCAUCUUUUUGAAAAUCUGUUCUCUAAAGCUCUAAUCAUUCUCUUCCCAUAGAACUGUCUGUAUUCUUCUGGCAAUACAUCCAACUGCUUUACAGCAUUCUCUACUGCUAGAAGUGCUCGUCAAGGAAGUGAUGUUAAAUGGUAUGAAAUUAAGGUGAAAGCAUUGGCUUUUAUGUUUGGUUUGGUAGAAUGACAGUCUCUUGUGUUGCUAUCCUUUGCCCUUGUUUGGCCAUCCCACAACUGGGCUAUGUUAGGGGUUUAUGGGUUCCUUGCAGCAGGCACCAAAUCUUUGUUCCCAUAUGGAUCUUUCUUGUCAUACAAGUCAUGGGGGAGAUGCUUCCAAAAUAUAUUGACAGCAAUUCCAAAUUCCAGAGCCAAAGCAUUGUGAAACCAUAAUGCUGGUAUAAAUAAAAUAUCACCUGGUUCCAUCAUGCAUUCAUAUCUCUUGACAUUACGAAAUCGUGGGUAUUUAUUUAAAUCUGGGUUAUCGAUAUCUAUAACUAAAGACUUGUCACCAACUAAAUACAUGUUUAGAGCAUCAUCAGGACUGAAAAGAGUUACUCGUUUCUUUCCACAAAUCUGUAUUAAUAUGUUGUCCAUUAUAUCAUAAUGUGUCCACAGUUGCACCCCAGAAGAACCAAUUCUAAAAACGCUAGAGAAAAAGUCCUUGUCAUUGAAAAACUUUGGGACAGUAAUGUCUGAUGCAAUAUUUGGAAACUGCUUUUUCACAUCAGCUAUUUCUCGCCCACGAGGAUCAGAUCCCAGGGACCGCAAAUAGUAAUACUCAUGUGAAUUAAGAAAGUACUCAGUAUUUUCUUCUUUGGCUGCUCUCUCGAUUAGAUCACGAAGUGGUAAAGUCUUGUACACAAAGUUUUUUGAUAUAAAAUCCAUUUUCGGAUCUGUGCUGACAUGCACUUUCACUGGCACUUCACCGAUUUUUUCAGAUAAAUAAUCACGAGUCCAUAAUUUCGUACACGGGCCAAUAUCAACGCCUUUAAUUAGAGCUGGUUCGCGUCUCGGAUAGAUUUGUUGGGUGAAUUUUUCUUCACUAACACUUUCAUAUGUAGAUACGUCCCAAUGUGACAUUUUGAUCCUUUUAAGUUGAUUAUAAACUAUUACACAAAAAGGAUUGGUUUGAAGUAAUGUACUCUUGUCAUUUUAGUAGAUCAAAACAAAAUUAUACUUCUCGACAAGGUACCGGCGAGGACAGGUAAAUAUUUUCCUGCAGCUAACGAGAAGACUGUUAAGAGAAAACUUAUCACCUAAGAAAAUACGUUAUCUUCACCAGACUUUCACAUAACCCCUGCUCACAAUUAGACAAUGAAUUAUCAUCUACGAUAUUUUACCACAUACUACAAUUUAUCGACAACAUUUGGCAUGAAAACAAAAAAGUAUAUUAUUAAAAUUUUCAUUAAAAAAAUUAACAACAUUGAACACUAGCUUUGCAUAUCCACAAGGAAAUUAGAUUCACUCCAAUUACUCUGUUAAGUU